CCUUUUCCUCAACAAACAAUCCUUCUUACUCAUGUUCAGAUUGUCCACACAAGUCCCAGGCUUUGCCAGAGGCUUUAGCACAGCCAGCCGGCUCUUCAAGCCUGUUGCAAACGAGUACCUCACCACCGGAUCAUCCACCCAAUCGAUCUGGCCCAAGGGAUUCAGAUUGCCCCAACCCAAAUCUUGGGAAGAAUCCAGUGAAAGUGCCUUGAGCAAAGCCACCAAGUUCUUCUUCUUGAACGAAAUCGCCAGAGGAAUGUACCUCUGUAUGGAAAUGUACUUCCGGGAACCAUAUACCAUUUACUACCCAUUUGAAAAAGGACCUAUUUCUCCCAGAUUCAGAGGUGAACAUGCCUUGAGAAGAUAUCCCAGUGGUGAAGAAAGAUGUAUUGCUUGUAAAUUAUGUGAGGCUAUCUGUCCGGCCCAGGCCAUCACCAUCGAGGCUGAAGAGAGAAUGGACGGUUCAAGAAGAACCUUUAAAUACGACAUCGACAUGACCAAAUGUAUCUACUGUGGGUACUGCCAGGAAAGUUGUCCGGUGGAUGCCAUUGUGGAGACUCCCAACGUGGAGUACACCACUGAGACCAGAGAAGAGUUGUUGUACAAUAAGGAGAAGUUGUUGGAAAAUGGAGACAAGUGGGAGCAGGAAUUACAGUACUGUAUUGAUGCUGAUGCCCCAUACAGGUGAGGUUGACACAAUCCAAUCCAUUCCAAUCCACAAAAACCAAUCCAAGAGCCAAAACCAGCUCAACUCCCGGAAUUUGGCCCUGGCACAUUUCAUCAGCACGGGCGCCCGUGGCGCUGUGUAUGCAUUUAUUUAUAAUAAACAUUCAGAUCUACUG